UGCAAAGUCACUUCCUACAGCCUGCCGCUCAAACCCCAUCCCCUGUGACGGUCCGCGCAAAUUCAACCAGACACACAUCUGGCAUUGCUAAAGAGGAAAUUACCCGAAACUCGUAAUCUUGCAUUGAUCACCGAAAGAAAAAAAUAAAUAAAUAAAACGUCAGAACAGGCUAGAUGCCUUUAAUCAGUUUGCUUAAGACUGCAGGUAAGUUUCAAACUAAGCCCGAGACAACAGGAAACGAGAGAAGGAGCGCCACUGACACAGAACUGAAACCUGCGUCGAUGAAGCUUCAGUCCCACCAUGUUCCCUGGCUGUCUGUGAACUAAGGCGAUGGAGAGCCCGUCCUCCACAGUGAGGCGGCGAGCCUGGAUCAACAGCAGCCGACAGUGGCCCACUUUGGAGGACUUGGACCCCGAAGGGCCACUGUGCAACCUCCCUUCUGCCUCUAUAGCAGACGAUGACGUCUUUUCUGAUGGAUGCUUCACAGGAAAGAUUGAGAACUGGCUCUUGGGUUGUGGGUCGGAGGCCCGCACAGAGAACACUGGCCAGCUUAGUUUUGAGUCUGCACUCAAAGCCAGCAACUUGGACGAUGACCUAAGUCUUGGUGCUGAUGCUUCUGUGUUAAAUAGUGGAGAAAUAUCAUGUGAAGCUGGCCUCACACAGAAUCCUUCCCUAAAUCGACGACACAGCAGACUCACCAGCAGCACGCCUCGUCAUGGACUAUGUCUGCCGUCACUGAACUUGGGCCACAGCAUGGCCUCCAGCUGCCUCUCCUCCUCCACCUGUAAAACAACAUCAAGUGUGUCAGAGGUCCUGCAGAUGUGUUCGGAAGAUGCAGAGGAGACGUUGUAUGAGCUGGGUUUCGGCUGUGAUGAGCCACAGGUCACUGUUCGCAUCCCUCCUCGCUUCUUCACCUUCCCCUCUCAAGCUCAGGGCAUCAACUUCCGCCUCUUCCUGGACUCACAGCUGCGGCGGAUACGAGAAGAGGACCCCAGCCUCUCUCUUGCUAGUCGUUUCAGACAAGUCCAAGUGCUCACAGCAAUGGCCAACGCUUUUUACUCCCUCUACUCCCACGUGUCUCGCACCCCUCUUCAGAAACUGGCCACACCAGAGUUUACCUUCUCGUCUCCCGUGGAGAGAAUUGAACGCUUCAGGAGCAGCAUUCGCAGUGAGCCACGUUCUCCGGUGGAGAGGCUAAAGGAUACCGUUUCCAAGAUGUGCCUCUACACAGGCUCCCCUCGAGGGUCAGAUUCCACCUCUCCACAGCCCUCCCCCAGGAAGAGGUCCAGCCUCCCUGAUGUUGUGGAUAUAGUCCUGGUGAAAGUCAAGACCGGGUCUUCUAAGAAACUGGACAUGGGGGAUUUUAGUAGAAGUAAUUCAGCUGUGGAUGUUAGGCUAGUCACGGAUGAUGAUGAAGCCUGUAGCAGUGGGAAAGAAGAGCAAACACAGCAGACUGUGGCGAACACUGACAUUCUUCAGAGUGGAAAUAUCUGUCAUAAGGAGAUGCAGAGCAGUAAACAAACUGAUAAUACUGAUGCUGUUGAAAACGAUUUCCAACCCACAGACCCUGACGACAGGACUCACAGUAUAAGAACAUCUCUAGCCUCAUCAUUAUCAGGAGAAACUGUGAUAGAAGCAGACCAUCAGUUUCUUUCAUGUCAGGCAGAGCAGGACUCAAAUUCGACUCAAAGUGACACAAGGACAGCUGAGCUAAAGUCUGUUGCCAAGGUUACAUAUGAUCUAAUCUGCCCGCAGAUAGUCGAAAGUGUACACCAGGCGCCUUUCUGCUGUCAACGCACACACAGUCCAAAAACAAACACUUACAAACCUCUUAUCUCCUCUGAGACAGAAAGCACAGAUACAUCGUGUCCUGGAUCACAAAAUCCCCACACACAAACCCCUAUCUCUGAGCCUGAUGAGGACUCAUACACAGGAGAAGCCAGACUGGGGGAUGCAUCCAGACCAGUUCCCGUCCUGUCCCCCAGUGGCAGCUUUACCCAAUACUGCAUCACUGUGACUGGCUGGGAUGGGGAUGAUGCCUCUUCCUGUUCCUUGAACUCACCAGAUUCCAGUCAAACUUCACCCGUCUUGCCUGUCCAGACAUGUGAGGAGUCUUUUAAUGAGGGGAAAACUCAGUACCUGAAUCCGCUGACACAUCGGGGCCCAGGGCACUUCUCCAAUAACCUACAACAGGUUAACUCUUUUGAGCUGGAGGAGGUGCAUAGCGCAGGAGAGGAAGAUUUCGGACAGUCAGAUACUCCAAGGACAACAACCUCACCAUUGUCCACAAAAUGUCAGUACAAAGGUGAAGUGGUCCGGGGUGACAGCGUGCAGUCAGACAGCAGCGGCUAUGCAGACGAAGAAGUCAGUCCCUCAUCAGACAGACAUGGUAGAUGACAGGAAACAGAGAGCUCCAUGUAGUCUUUUCUCACCUGUGGAUGUUUUUCCUGCACUAAAGAUUUAAUUUUACACAACUCAUGAUUUGGAAAGUACAGCCAAGCAAGGGCCUAUAGUCAAGCAGGCCCAAAAGAUUAAAAUGUCAUUGAAAAGUUUAGGAUAUGCAGAGCAUCCAGUUUUUCACCAGUGCUCAUACUCUAUACAGAAUAUUGUAAAUAAGUAAACAUAAAGUCACUGAAAGGCUUUCCUGUGUGGUUCAUUUUUGAAUAGAAUGGUCAGUCAAUCUGGAAUUACGGCAUGUUCGAUUUAUAAGUUUGCAGUAAAUUUACAGAAAACGAUUUAUUGGAAACAAAGUCAAUUUCACAGGGAGUUCACACUUUAGUUCACAGUAAAAAAAAAAAAAAAAAAAAAAAAA